AUGGACGCCAACAACCAACCCGCUGCCAACGCCACCCCGGGCAACGCCCAGGGCCAGGCCGGACGCGCCCAGCAAGCCGUGUACGAUACAAGCCAUGGCGGCCAUUACGGUUAUGCGCCUUCGGAGCUUUACACAGGCCCAUGGGCCAACGUCCACCAAGGUCUCACGGGUCCGUACAAGGACAUCCUCACGACGUACUGGCAGCAGACCAUCAACCACCUCGAGAGCGAUACACAUGACUACAAGUUGCACCAGUUGCCCCUCGCCCGUAUAAAGAAGGUCAUGAAGGCCGACCCCGAAGUCAAGAUGAUCUCUGCCGAGGCGCCUAUCUUGUUUGCCAAGGGUUGCGACAUCUUCAUCACGGAGCUCACCAUGCGCGCCUGGAUCCACGCCGAAGAGAACAAGCGCCGCACCCUCCAGCGCUCCGACAUUGCGUCCGCACUCGCCAAGUCCGAUAUGUUUGACUUCCUCAUUGACAUUGUUCCCCGCGAAGAGGCCACGAGCCACCCCAAGAGAGGCAGCUCUAACCCAAGCGGGGCCGCUGGUGCCAACGCCGCAUCAGCGAACGUUGCCGCUGCGGCGGCCGCGGCGGCGGCUGCAGCGGCGGCUGCCCAGCAGGGCGUUGCUGGCGGCGCCGGUGCCGGCCAACAGAUCCCAGGAGCCAACCACGCGCUCGCCGAGUACGCGUCCAUGGGCACGCAUCCUCUGGGUGGUGAGGCUGACUACCGGCAGCCUGGUAUGUAUCCUGUGCAGGGCCAAACAGGUGCUCCAGCCGGCUAUGGCCAGGGCCAGGCGCCAAUGUAUGCGGACAUGGACCCCAACAUGUACAACACGUAUUCCAUGCCUCCUCCCCAGGGCGGCGCAUAA